GUGAGGAGGUGGUAAGAAACCGUUUCAUACUGUGAUGCUCAAAUCAAGAAAUGCACUUAAGGGGACCAUUUUGUGCCAAAAAUAACAUUUCAAGAGCAUCUGGGUUUAAGCCAAGUUUUGAUAGCAGGAAUACCUAGAUAUUUUUUCGCGAUUCAUAUAAUUUGUUCAUUAAUUUCUGCGUAUUUUGAUUCUUCGAUUAUUCCUUCUCAUGGACAAUCAAGGGAAUUCUCAGGAGGUGAUAGUGCCUCCCGUUGAAGGUGAAGCAGGUGGAGGUACAUCAUAUGGAUGGAGUGAUGCUGGUGUGUAUGUUUCGAGUUUGAUGAAAGGAGCCAUCGAUCCCUCCGAAGUUGCAUCUUCUGAUUUAUUGCAUGUUUGGUGCAUGCCUAAUACUGUUAAUGUUGGCUCUCAGGAGAUGCCAAGGAUUUUGGAGCAAGUAAAUUUAUUGGCUGCUAGAAAUGAGAGAGAAAGUGUCCAAGUUGCUUUACGUCCAAAAGUCACAUGGGGUGGUUCCGGCACUGCUGGAACUGUGCAAGUGCAGUGUAAUGACCUUGUAUCUGCUUCUGGGGACCGGUUGGUUGUUAGUCAAUCUAUAAAGGUUCGGCGAGUGGUACCCAUAUUAGGGGUUCCAGAUGCUCUUGUACCGCUUGACCUGCCAAGCUCUCAAAUACAACUAUUUCCUGGAGAAACGACAGCAUUAUGGGUUUCCAUCGAUAUACCCAUAGAUCAACCCCCUGGCGUAUAUGAGGGGCAGUUAUACAUCACUGCCGUGAAGACUGAUGCACCAUUCAGAGCACUAUGUAUUGACAAGGCUGAAAAGAAUCAACUCUUUAGAGAAUUAAAGGAUUGUCUCGAAAUCAUGGAACCAAUUGAACAGAACUCAAAGGAUGAAGUGGCUGACAGAGUAAGAUCUGCUACAUCAAAUCUAAGGCGUGUUCUUCUAUCCCCAUCAUUUUCUGAAUUCUUUUCAACAAAUGGGGGUGUUGAUUUGAUGGAUGAGGAUGCUAUUUCAAAUCGUUCAGUUUGUGUAAAAAUCAGCUUGACUGUGUGGGAUUUUGUGCUUCCUAUUACACCUUCACUUCCAGCUGUAAUAGGUAUAUCAGAUACAGUAAUUGAGGAUCGUUUUGGCGUGGAACAUGGAAGUAAUGAGUGGUUUGAGGCAUUGGAUCAGCAUUUUAAAUGGCUACUUCAAUAUAAAAUUAGUCCAUACUUCUGUAGAUGGGGUGAUAGCAUGCGUGUUUUGACAUACACAUGUCCUUGGCCAGCUGAUCAUCCGAAAUCCGAUGAAUACUACUCAGACCCAAGGCUGGCGGCAUACGCUGUUCCUUAUAGCCCUGUAAUACCUUGUGUUGAUGCUGGGCCAAAUCAUUUGCAGAAAGAGAUUAAUAUAUUAAAGACUAAGGAGCAUUGGAAGAAAGCAUAUUUUUAUUUGUGGGAUGAGCCGCUGAAUGUGGAACAUUUUAAUUCAAUUAGAAAAAUGGCUAGUGAGCUUUAUGCCUACGCUUCAGAUGCACGUGUUUUGACUACUUACUACUGUGGUCCAAGUGAUGCACCUCUUGCGCCAACUUCUUUUGAGGCAUUUCUGAAAGUACCAAAAUAUCUGCGUCCUUAUACGCAAAUUUACUGUACCAGUGAAUGGGUAUUGGGUAAUCGUGAGGAUUUGGUGAAGGACAUUGUGGCUGAACUUGAUACUGGUGAGGAGUGGUGGACGUACGUUUGUAUGGGCCCAUCUGAUCCUCACCCUAACUGGCACCUAGGGAUGAGAGGUACACAACACCGUGCGGUAAUGUGGCGUAUAUGGAAGGAAGGCGGAACUGGCUUCCUCUAUUGGGGAGCUAAUUGCUAUGAAAAGGCCACAGUUCCCAGUGCAGAGAUACGAUUCCGACGUGGCCUUCCUCCUGGGGAUGGCGUACUCUAUUACCCUGGCGAAGUGUUUACAUCUUCACAUGAACCUGUGGCUUCACUGAGAUUAGAGCGUCUGUUAAGUGGCUUGCAGGACAUUGAAUACCUAAGGCUUUACGCUUCCCGGUAUGGACGAGAUGAGAGCAUUUCUUUGAUGGAAAGAACGGGACUUUAUAUGGGUCCCGAGCAUUAUUCGUUGGAGCAUGCUCCUCUAGACAUGAUGCGUGGAGAGAUAUACAACAAAUGCAGGUCGUUGUAAGUUGUAACUCAUCAUUUGUUGCUAAGAGCCUAAGAUGCAGAUAUACUCAAUCUCGCUUUAUUUCGCUUGGGCAAUUGUCUUGCUAGUUCGACAUUUGCCCUAGUGGCUGUUCUUUUGGGGUUCCACAUAUAACUUAUUUACUGUACUGGUAUUUUGUUCGAAUUUGUAAAGAAUGAUCAAAUUAGAUGUAAAUCCCACUUUCUCAUCCCUGUAGUUGCGACUCUUUUUAAUGGUACUGCUGUUUGUUACCAGUGCAACCUUUGUUUUUGGUUUGAAUGAUAGAUUGAUGUUGGACACAAAUUUAAUGA